AAUGGACGUGGAGAGCCGCUCGUCGCCGCUUCCGGACGCCGGCGCCGUCGACUGGCGCGGCCGGCCCUGCGAGCCGCGCCGGCACGGCGGCAUGCGCGCCGCCGUCUUCGUGCUAGGGAUCCAGAUGUUCGAGAUCAUGGCGAUCGCGGCGGUGGGCAACAACCUCAUCACGUACGUGUUCGGCGAGAUGCAUUUCCCGCUGUCGCAGGCGGCCAACGUGGUCACCAACUUCGUCGGCACCAUCUUCCUCCUCUCCCUCCUCGGCGGCUUCCUCUCCGACUCCUACCUCGGCUGCUUCUGGACCAUGCUCAUCUUCGGCUUCGUCGAGCUCUCGGGUUUCAUACUGCUGUCAGUGCAGGCGCACCUGCCGCAGCUGAAGCCGCCGCCGUGCAGCAUGGCGGCCAUGGACGGCAGCUGCGAGCAGGCCACGGGCGUCAAGGCCAGCAUCUUCUUCGCGGCGCUCUACCUGGUGGCGCUCGGCAGCGGCUGCCUCAAGCCCAACAUGAUCGCGCACGGCGCCGACCAGUUCGCCGCCGGCGGCGGCGCCGGCGGUAGUGGCGCAGCGGACAAUGCCAAGAGGCUCUCCACCUACUUCAACUCGGCCUACUUCAGCUUCUGCGCCGGCGAGCUCAUCGCGCUGACGGCGCUGGUCUGGGUGCAGACGCACUCCGGGAUGGACGUCGGCUUCGGCAUCUCCGCCGCCGCCAUGGCGGCCGGGCUCGUCAGCCUUGUGUCCGGCGCCGCCUUCUACCGGAACAAGCCCCCUCAGGGCAGCAUCUUCACGCCUAUUGCAAGGGUGUUUGUUGCUGCCUACACCGAGAGGAAGCAAAUCUGCCCUUCCAGCUCCUCCGAUCCUGCCAAUGCCGGAGUUUGCGAGCCGGCACACCUCGCCGGCGGCAACUUCCGCCACGCCAGCAAAUUCCGGUUCUUGGACAAGGCGUGCGUCAGGGCGGUGCAGCAGGCGCCGAACACGAAGCCGGAGCGCCCGUGGCGGGCGUGCACGGUCGCCGAGGUGCAGCAGGCGAAGACGCUCCUCGCCGUGACGCCCAUCUUCGCGUGCACCAUCGUCUUCAACACCGUGCUCGCGCAGCUGCAGACGUUCUCGGUGCAGCAGGGCAGCGCCAUGGACACCGCGCUCGGCGGCGGCUCGUUCCGCAUCCCGCCGGCGUCGCUGCAGGCCAUCCCCUACGCCAUGCUGCUCCUCCUCGUCCCGGCCUAUGAGCUCCUCCUCGUCCCGCUCAUGAAGCGCGCCACGGGCACGCGGUCCGGGAUCACCCCGCUCCAGCGAAUCGGCGUCGGCCUCUGCACCGUGUCGCUCUCCAUGGUAGCCGCCGCCACCGUCGAGCGCCGGCGCCGCGACCUCUCCGCCGCGGGGGCCCCGCGCAUGUCCGUGCUCUGGAUCGUGCCGCAGUUCCUCGUCUUCGGCGUGUCGGAGAUGUUCACCGCCGUGGGGCUCAUCGAGUUCUUCUACAGCCAGGCGUGCGCCGGCAUGCAGUCCUUCCUCACGGCGCUCACCUACUGCUCCUACGCCUUCGGCUUCUACCUCAGCUCGGUGCUCGUGUCGCUGGUGAACAGGGUCACGGCGGCGAGCCACGGCGGCCGCGGCGGGUGGCUCGGCGACAACGACCUGGACAAGGACAGGCUGGACCUCUUCUACUGGAUGCUCGCCGUGCUCAGCGUGCUCAACUUCUUCUGCUACCUGCUGUGCGCGAGGUGGUACAACUCCGGCGCCGACGGGUCCGACGCCGCCUCUGCUCAGGUUGCAGCAGCAGAAGGUGACGUCAAGGAGAUCAUCUGAAGAAGAAGAACACCUGGCUGGAACUGUAUAUGCGUAUAUAGAUGUAUGUAUACAUGCACGAGAAAUAGUGACAAAAAUGAAGAAAAUGUAGUAAUCCUUUUGCCUAGAGAAGGGAAUAGAAAAUACAUUAUGCCUUCUUCAGGACAAAACUUAGCACUAGUAUUUAUGAAACUUAAAUUUUGAUGUCAAAAACACUUAAAUUUAUGAAAGUAGGCUUAAGCAGAAAGAAUGAUGAACUAAGCCACCACCAGAUAGGAGAAAUGUUUUGAGAAAA